CGGAGAGAAGCGAAGAGAGCGCGAAUCGCCAAGUACACAGUAGAGUGCUGUCAGCGGCGUUACACUGUAGCCUACAGUCAGUCUCCUUGUGCCGUGGUUUGUAUGACUGUGUCUGAUUCCGUCGCGUGCUCACGAUCAAGUCGUUGCCAACAGAAACCGCGGACGCGCAGAAUUUAAAGGUGCACAAUAACAAGCACAUUCCCGUGCAGACGAAUUUUUGGAGAUACCGGUUGUUAGGCUCUCUGACCGAUCAUAACACUGGGACCCUCAAACAACUUGCUGCCAAAUCCAUGAACAGAACAAUACGAGACAUCACAGAGACCUGGUAAAAAUGGAAGUUGCCGUACCAGAGGAGCCUCAGAAGAAAAUCUUCCGUGCGCGCAAAACGAUGAAGAUGAGCGAUCGGAAUCAGCUGGAAUCAUUGCACAGCACCUUGGCUCCGCCCAGCUCCGCCUCUUAUACAUCUUCCACCUCGCCACCCCUGGUUAACGGCACGCAUGAGAAGGAGAAAGUGAAGGAGAACGACUUGAAUCAUAAAGAGAAGGACUCGCUGUCACCUGCCCCUCAUUCAUCUGACUCUUCCCCAUCUCCAUUUCUUUCUGUCUCUAUUUCUCGAACUCCCGCUCCACCCAACGUGCAGUCUACCUCACCUUCUCCGUCAGUCAAGAACGGUCCAGAGAAGAAGAGGUUUGAAAAAACUAAGGAUGCGAAAGGGGAGAACGAGAGCAAAGAGGAUGUUAAAGUGGACAGUAAAGAAGCUUGUACAUCAAAGCAUUCCAGUUCUUUGGCAAUACCAGCAAAAAAGGAAGACCUCAACGAUGGAGAUACGGAGAAGACGCGUGGUGAGGAGAUGAUGGAUAUGGAUGACGCUCUUGUGACCACAGCCUCUUUUGGUGACGGUUCAGAAGAGAAAAAGGACACGUGCAGUAAAAGUAUCUCCUCUUCUCUCUCUGCUUCUCCUUCUUCUGGGCUAGACUGCGACCCAGAGGUUAAAGAGGGAUUUCUGUGUCUGAGCGAAGAGGAUGACAUACAGGCAGAGAAGGAUGACAAGAGCCACAAAAGUGAAGAGAAGAUGAAUGUUGAUAUGAUGAAGGAACAGAAGGAUGAGAAGGGCAUUUCUGAGAAGACCGGAGCCGACAACAGCACUUCUGUUGGUACCAAGAGAUCCCUAUCAGAGGGGAAAGAGGAAAAUGACAACGAAAUCAAAACUGAACGAGAUGGCAAGCGAGCGAGGCUGGACGGCGAGGAGCUGGAGGCUCAACUAGAGCUGAAAAUUACGGCCAAUGGCGGGAGCCGACAUAAACUGGAGAAAAUGGUACAGCAGUUGGUAGAGGAACGAUUACGGGUGCUGCAGUUGACAGUGUUUGACCGAAGCAUAAAAGAGCUGAAGGAGAAAGUGGAGAAGAUUGACUCUGCAAACAAACAGCAGAAUGCUUUGCAACAUAUUAACACACUACAGGCCAAGAUUGCUCGGCUAGCUAAAAAGUUUGGGGCUGCUAACCAGGCCUCGGAGAACUCGAAGAGAACUCAAGAGGCUUAUUCUGCCAUUGCUCAGGCCACCAAUGCAGCCAACACGAACCAGACUUUAAUGCAACGUACUGUUAAAACCACGGUGGAUCCUAAACUAUCCGGUGCAGCCACAGCUAUCCCAGCACAGCCCAAACCUCUGUGCACUCCAACCACCCCAACUUCCUCCGCACUGGCCUCGUCUGCGCCAAUUUUACAGAUCAUCUCCACGACGACAAGCUCUACUCCCUCCUCCACCUCUCUGACUGGCCAGUCUCAGCCAGGAACUCUUUUAUUAAAGACGGGUCCCAACACAGGGGUCAUGACUACCACAUCGGUAACAUCAGGUGGCCAGCCCAUGUCUAUUCAGCCGCUUUUAAUUCAGCUGCCUUUAGCUAUGGCAAACGGGCAGAGCGGGGCAUUAGUCAAUGCUGCCGGCGGCGUUGGUUUAAUACCGGUGUCGUCGCUGUCUACGGUUAACAAUUUGAAUAAGGCAAAGACGACUACACCUGCUACCACUUUCAUUCUUCAGAAGGCAUCGGGCACCCUCGCUUCGUCUUGCUCCGUACUGUCGACUCUGUCAACUCCGGUGAUGUCAUUGGCGAGAGCUGUGUAUCCAGGUGGCACAGGGACUGUUAGUUCACCCAACACUGGGAUAUCUGUGACAUCGGCCCGAACGCCUAUACAGUGUGCUGCUGUCGUGGGAGUGUCUACUGCCGUGUCUUCUCCAGGGACGACCGGUCCAGCGGCGACAGGUUCAGCGGCGGCUGCGGCAGGUCCUCCACCUGCCUCCGCUCUGGCCUCAAAGACUGAUAACCAAGCCUCGACCAAAACAACAUCUCAGCCUGCCCGUCCCAAAGGUUCUGUGAUAGACCUGACUGAAGAUGAUGAUGAUGUUCAAGUGACCGGAGUGCAGAAAGCCACAAUUUCUCCUAUCACUACCCAGCGUGCAUCAUCUUUAGCAAGCUCAACCCCUAACGCUGGUGUUCGAACAGCACAGCGCACUUCUGUGGACUCUCCCUCGCUAUCCCGUCCAAGCUCUUCCACCUCUCUUCCUCCAUUACCCUUAGCACCAUCUCCACCCGCACGUCUCCCACCAGAGGCCGCGCACACAUCCCCUCCACAGCAGCCUCAGCUCAAACUUGCCCGUGUCCAGAGCCAAAACGGCAUCGUGCUCUCCUGGUGCGUCGCUGAAACGGACCGCAACUGCGCUGCUGUGGAUACCUAUCACCUGUACGCCUAUCACCAGGACAACCAAGGAGCGGCAGCGAGCUCUGGCACCUCUGCUCAGUCGCUGUGGAAGAAGAUUGGAGAAGUGAAAGCACUGCCUUUACCCAUGGCUUGCACCUUGACCCAGUUUGUGUCGGGGUCAACAUAUUAUUUUGCCGUCAGGGCGAAAGAUGUGUACGGCCGCUUCGGGCCAUUCUGCGAACCGCAGUGCACUGAUGUCAUUAAUCCAGCUUCAUCCUAAACUUAUUCCGUGGCUGAUGUGGUGUAGUCUGAAGGACACUCGAUGACGGAUUUGUAAUUGUUACAGAAUUAACUUCGCAGACCACUGGUUAAGUCUGGCCCUUCGUGUUGUUAGAAAUGGUAGGGAAUUCAAAUAGGUUGUCUAAUGCAAAUGGAACUACAGAUACUUAACGCAUACAGACACGCACACACUAUUUGUUUCGACUUUAUUUUGCAAUAAGGAGGGAAUUUGCAGACUUCAAUUGUGCUUGACAUUGUAUUUUCCUUGUGCAAAAUGUACAGAGUUAAAUAUUUCUCUUUUUUUUUAAGGUGAUUUUUUUUUAAUAAAACAAUUUUCAAUACAUUGCACAGAUGUUCCAUGGCACGACCCAGCCGUUAGUUACAGGAUGAGAAAGUAAAGGUGAUCAAGGUUUUGUAAUGUUUUUGUCUGGUACCCAGACACUCCAAAAAUAACACUCAAUAAAAGUAUUGAUAUAUUUAAAAA